AUGGGUUACUCGAAGAUACUGAGGAGGCUCCGUGAGGGCAAGACCAACUACAAGAAGCGCAGCUCCAUGCUUAUGGGCAGGCGUGACUUUGUAACUGUGUACAUCUCCAACGAGAACACCAUGGUUCAGAUUCACAGACCGGAGAUGGGCGGCGACAAGGUUCUGGCCUCGGCGCACUCCCGCUCCCUGAUCUCCAAGGGGUGGAAGGGAUCCCGCAAGAACAUACCUGCGGCCUAUCUUACAGGCUACCUGGCAGGAAAGAAGGCUCUGGGACACGACUCGACAGAGGCGAUCAUGUACUCUGGCACCCGGCGGUACACCGACAGAAUGGCGGCAGCCCUCAAGGGAGUCCGGGACGCGGGGAUGAAGAUGCCUGCAGACGACGGGGCAUUUCCACCCGACACAAGAAUCAACGGCGAGCACCUCAAGAUAAAGAAUGACAUUUCACAGUUCAAGGCACAGAUUGACGGCGGGGCGAUCUAG